AUGAACGUGCUCGUAAAUGAAACGUCUGUCGGUAAUCGACGAUGUGGUUGUGAUUGCAAGAAGUCCAGCUGUCUCAAGCUCUACUGUAAAUGUUUCACCGCCAAUGAUCGCUGUAGUAAGCGAUGCCAGUGCAAAGACUGCAAGAAUCAGGAUCAUAAUCAACAGGAGAUCAGUCAGGACAUUCAAGCUAUUGAGAAGUGUACACAAAAGACCUUUUGCCCUUCAUUGCAAGCCCCCAGAGCUUCAGAGUCCGAACCAGUAGCAGAACCAUCGCAGCAAACGCCUCCAAGCUCGACGACCAGCAUUGUGACACCUGUGACGUUCUCUACAAAUGUUAAAUCUAGUAUGGCAAUGACAACGACGUCACCCAAGCCAGUAUGUGCCUGUGUUGACGGCAAUUGCAUCGCUGACUGUCCGUGCUUGAGCUUGUUUGGGGCCUGCUCGCCUCGCUGCCAAUGCAAUGGUUGUCUAGUGGUGCAGAUACAGCCAGAGAGGACAAAAGGAUGCAGCUGCAAGAAGUCAAAUUGUCUUAAACUUUAUUGCGAGUGUUUAGCGGCACAACGAAUGUGUGACCAUCGCUGCAAUUGUAAAGGAUGCAAGAACCGACCUGAGACGCUACCGGAACGAAACCACGCAAUUGCUGUUAUUCUAGAGAGGAAUCCUUUGGCUUUUGAGCCCAAGAUUGCAAGUGGAUCGAGCCAACACUUGCGAGGAUGUCAUUGCCGAAAGAGUGGAUGCAUGAAAAAUUAUUGCGAGUGUCAUCAAGCUGGAGUGGCGUGCACCUCCCGCUGUGCUUGUCAUCAGUGCCGCAACACGGAGACAUUUGUAUCGGCAAAAAAGAUGCUAGUGUUUGCUGGAGUCAGUACAGAUGAUAGCAGUCUACGUGCCACCUUGAAUCGCUCGUUGCAACGCAAGAUUAUGAAGCGGCCUUCUCGUGGAGCUAAAAAUGCGAACCCGCAAGACAAAUUGCAAACACCGACCAACGCCUCGACACAGAAACCUACGGCAUUAGAGUUGUUGUCAAGAAGUGCCCCGGUAGCACCUUCUAAAUCAAGCCGACAAAGGAAUACGGCAAUCGAUGAUAAUUCUCCAACGACGCCAAGUAAACGACCAUCCAACUACCCGGAUCGCUUUCACACAGACGGCGAGUGUGUUGUCAAACCUGCAUUUGCCAAGAGAAAGUAUACAAGACGCAAUCGGCAUAAAACUUCUUUCAUGGAACGAAUUCAAGAAGCUGCAGCACUUGUAAAAGAAUUACCCAAUGUAGAGGACACUGUGACCAACGCAUAUGAUACAAAAAACACUGAUGGUGUCGGCGAUGCUGAGCUUACUAUUCUAAGUCGGUCGCUACUACACGCAGCAGUAGCUGUACAGCUUGCUAACGAGGAGAAAAAAGCUUCAGCUGCUCCGCUUCGUCAAUUGCCAGUCGGACAGCAAGUGCAACGUGUUUUUGAAGCGGAACGCCAGCGUAUUUCUGAUCUCACCGAUGGCCGUGAAGCACUGUCACCUAUUGCUGCCGGUUUGUUCUGCGAGGAAGAAUACAGUGAAGCUGACGAUAACAACUACCUUGACGUAGCGACGUCGGCGAUAAACGAAAAUGACACAGCAUCUGGGUCGACGACGGUCGAACAAUCCAAUAUGCGAAGCCAACAGAACGGAAAAAAUGCCAGUCUUAGUGUCAUGCAAGAGCGCGCUGUACUCCAAGAGCUUAGCGUAUGGCUUCGAAAUAUGACAGCAGACGUAUCUUCACGCUGA